ACUUUGUCUUAUACGGGUAUCGUUUAUACGGGUAUUUUUAUUGCCACGUUUGCAUGCAGUACAGUAGCGCAAAGUACGAUGAGCUCAGUACUACGGUAUACACUGCACGUGGUGGUGAUUGCAAUAUUUGCAUUUCAAGCCAUUGAUUUGAGUGUGUCUUUCACUGAGGACACGCAUCCCAUAGUUGGAGUUUCAGUAAAUAUUGUUGAUUUACUAUGGCAAUACAUCAAUACAUCUACCGGUGGAAGACCGGCUGCAAUAAAGGCAAUGCAGGAUGCAAGCAGUCGCAGCUUCGUGUUUUAUCGAUUUGCUGCAUCGGCUUACUGGCCGAAUGAACUUCGGCUGUGGUUUAAUACGACGACAAGAACAAAGUACUGGCAGGCGUUUGAUGAGUUGGUUGGAGAUGCAGAGAAGAUUGGUGCACGUCUAGUACCAAGCAUAGCUUGGAAUCAAUUUGCGUUUUGUGAUGUUUGUAAAGAGCCUUUGCAAGCUUACUUUAACGAAACGUCGUGCACACAACAAGCUAUCAAACGUUUCACUGAAGACCUUGUCUCCCGCUAUUGCAACAGCUCGGUUAUCUUAUUCUGGGAACUAGGCAAUGAGUUUAACCUUCUAGCAGAUUUAGACAUGGAGGGUAAACAUACAAGCAUUGCACCAAGCAAGGGAACUCCAAAGAUUAGAACAAAGGCUGACAAUGUUUCUACUGACCAGAUGAUUGGUCUUUACUACAAAUGGACGUCAUGGAUUCGUGCUAUAGAUCCUCACCGUUUGAUCAGUAGUGGGCAUGCUGUACCUCGUGCGAGUGCUCAACAUCUGCGACGUUCGUAUUACAUGCCACAGCGUGACUGGACAAAUGACUCACGUGAAGAGUUUGAGAAGAACUUGAUUGAUGUGAAUAGACCGUGUGACAUCAUGUCUGUACAUUUGUAUAGCAUUUAUGGCGAUAACUUACGAUUCAACAUUUCUACUGACAAACAUAAUGCUGACUUGUUACGAAUCAUAAAACAGACUGCUGAUCGUGCAGGGAAGAUUCUGUAUCUCGGAGAGUUUGGAGAUCCUCUUCCUGGCGAUCGUCUGUUUACUCGCAAUGCACUGCGAGUGAUUGUUGAGGCUUUUAUUGAAGUUUCGACUGUAUGGGUGUGGGAGUUUUAUCAAACAAGUGCUACAGUGCCUGCAAAUUUCUCGCUUAUUCCAGGAAGGGAUGACGGAAUAAUAAAAUGCAUGCAAAGCACCAACGUGGAUCUUAAAAAUCACAGCACAAAAUGGUCAUGUGAUUAAUACAGUAGCUAGUAGUCAGACUUGCUGAACUAUGGAUUGAUAGCACAUUGCGCUCGUUUGCUACCAUCUGAUAUGCAUUAUGAGCAUGGACGAUAUUAGAAUAAAUUUUGUGACUCGGUGUUGUGCGACAGCUUGUAUUGAAUGGGUCAUAUUGUGUAGUAAGAGCACUGGAGGAAUGUAAGCCACACAGCGAAUUGUCUAAUACCAAAGCAGAAUUUUGAGUUACAUGUUAUGAUGUCAGUCACAAUGAGCUGAUGAUGCCACAUUGAAUGACGAAGUUAGUCUGUAGUUUCACAUUGUCAAACAAGUCUGUAGAUGCUGGUGUUGUUUAAGCAGCUGCUUGCUUUUGUAGUUAAAUUUUAAUGCGUUAACAGUAUGCUAACCAGAAUUAAUGGUUGGCUUGAUUUCCACAGCAGAAACUUUA